GCGGCAGCGGCAGCGGCGGCAGCGACAGCACAUGGUUCCAAGAGCGCGCUGCGGUGGUUGAGUUCCAAUUCCGCGGGCAGGGACAAAGGCAUCUGCGAGCUGCAGGCAACGCCCGAUCCGAUCUGCUGGUGCACUCGCCACUGUCUUCUGUUCCCCCAGGAUCUGGGACUAACUCCUCUGUCAGUAGCGAGGAGGUGGCCAGAGGACCCAGGCCUGGGAAGGCCUGAGGGCCCGAGGCCAUCUUCUGAAGGGUGUGGGGGAAGGGCGCGCCUGAGGUGAUUCCGGAGGGUAUAUUGUGAGGUGUUUCUGUGGGCCACUGUGAGUAAUUUCACCUGUGGUGAUUGUGGCAUAAUAGCAAGUUGUGUUGGGGCGGGGUUUGGGAAAAGAAAUCUGUCAGUCAGCACCAAGGACCUUUCUGUUGGGAAGCGGUGAAGUCAGAAAUAGCAUCCACUCUACUGCACUGUCCAGUAGAGCACUUUUUUGAGGAGCCUGGUGUCUUCGGUGGUGACAAAGUCUUCGGUGGUAAUGAUGUAGGUGAACCGUCAGCUUUAUGACAGAAGUAGGUCAAUUUCCUGAAUUUAGGAGAACAGAAAAGGACUUGAAGACCGUGAAAUUGAAGCUGUAAUAAACCGCCAAGUUUGAAGACCAUUCAGAACCAUUCACUUUUGGUGUGCGUCGGAAUUGUGUGAAGGAAGCUUGACCUUGAGAGCACUUAAGGACUGUAGGUUUAGGAUAUCAUUCUUUCCAAAGUAUUUCAUCAGAGUCAUUGAAAUACUUAAAUCACUCGCAGUUUCAAAUAUCUUACUAUAUUUUGGAUAGCUACUAGGGAAUUUUGUUUCAUGUGUCACUAAGAAGCACAAAUUUACCCUUUACUGGACAGAAUCCUGGGGAAAUCUAUUUCACUAUAUGUACUUUCCUGUUAACGGGCAAAGACUGAAGACUCAUCGAAGUUAUGGCCUUCACAAAUUACAGCAGUCUCAACCGAGCUCAACUAACUUUUGAAUAUCUCCACACAAAUUCAACUACUCAUGAAUUCUUAUUUGGUGCUCUUGCUGAACUCGUUGAUAAUGCAAGAGAUGCAGAUGCCACCAGAAUAGACAUUUAUGCUGAGAGGCGGGAGGACCUUCGAGGAGGAUUUAUGCUUUGCUUUUUGGAUGAUGGAGCAGGAAUGGAUCCGAGUGAUGCUGCUAGUGUGAUCCAGUUUGGGAAGUCAGCCAAAAGAACUCCUGAGUCCACUCAAAUUGGGCAAUAUGGCAAUGGAUUAAAAUCGGGCUCAAUGCGGAUUGGGAAGGAUUUUAUCCUCUUCACUAAGAAGGAAGAUACCAUGACCUGCCUCUUCCUGUCUCGCACCUUUCAUGAGGAAGAAGGCAUUGAUGAAGUGAUUGUCCCAUUGCCUACCUGGAAUGCUCGAACACAGGAACCUAUCACAGACAAUGUGGAGAAGUUUGCCAUUGAGACAGAGCUUGUGUACAAGUAUUCUCCCUUCCACACUGAGGAACAAGUGAUGAACCAGUUCAUGAAGAUUCCUGGGAACAGUGGAACACUGGUGAUCAUCUUUAAUCUCAAGCUCAUGGAUAACGGAGAGCCGGAACUAGACAUAAUCUCAAAUCCAAAAGAUAUCCAGAUGGCAGAAACCUCCCCAGAGGGCACGAAGCCAGAGCGACGCUCCUUCCGAGCCUAUGCUGCGGUACUCUAUAUUGAUCCCCGGAUGAGGAUCUUCAUCCAUGGGCACAAAGUGCAGACCAAGAGACUCUCCUGCUGUCUAUAUAAGCCCAGGAUGUACAAGUAUACAUCAAGUCGUUUCAAGACUCGGGCAGAACAGGAAGUGAAGAAAGCAGAGCAUGUAGCACGGAUUGCUGAAGAGAAGGCCCGGGAGGCAGAGAGCAAAGCUCGGACUUUAGAAGUACGCAUGGGUGGAGACCUGACACGGGACUCCAGGGUGAUGUUGCGGCAGGUCCAGAAUACAGCUAUCACCCUUCGCAGAGAAGCUGAUGUCAAGAAAAGGAUCAAGGAUGCCAAGCAGCGAGCACUCAAAGAACCCAAGGAACUGAAUUUUGUUUUUGGGGUCAAUAUUGAACACCGGGACUUAGAUGGCAUGUUUAUCUACAACUGUAGCCGCUUGAUCAAGAUGUAUGAGAAAGUGGGCCCACAGCUGGAAGGGGGCAUGGCGUGCGGCGGGGUUGUUGGGGUCGUCGAUGUGCCCUACUUGGUUCUGGAGCCGACGCAUAACAAGCAGGACUUUGCUGAUGCGAAGGAGUACCGGCAUCUGCUGCGAGCAAUGGGGGAGCACUUAGCACAGUACUGGAAGGACAUCGCCAUUGCCCAGCGUGGGAUCAUUAAGUUUUGGGAUGAGUUUGGCUACCUUUCUGCCAACUGGAACCAACCUCCGUCCAGUGAGCUGCGUUUCAAACGCCGGAGGGCUAUGGAAAUUCCAACCACGAUCCAGUGUGAUUUGUGUCUGAAAUGGAGGACUCUCCCCUUCCAACUGAGUUCAGUAGAAAAAGAUUACCCUGAUACUUGGGUUUGCUCCAUGAACCCUGAUCCUGAGCAGGACCGCUGUGAAGCUUCUGAACAGAAGCAAAAGGUUCCCUUGGGGACAUUAAAAAAGGACCCAAAGACACAGGAAGAAAAGCAGAAGCAGCUGACAGAGAAAAUUCGCCAGCAGCAGGAAAAGCUAGAAGCUCUUCAGAAAACCACGCCCAUCCGGUCACAAGCUGACCUAAAGAAAUUGCCCUUAGAAGUGACUACAAGACCUUCUACUGAAGAACCUGUACGGAGACCUCAGCGUCCUCGGUCACCUCCUUUACCUGCAGUGAUCAAGAAUGCUCCUAGCAGACCCCCUUCUAUUCAAACUCCCAAACCAACUACCCAGCUCCGAAAGAUGACUUUUAUCAGCCCUCCAAAACCACCUACUACAGCAGCCCGAGGAGAAACUAGUACUUCCAGGCUACUCCCAUCAGCUGAAGCCCCUCGAAAGCCUGCAAACCCUCCUAUCAAGACUGUCCCCCGACCCACCCCUCCUGUGCAGACUCCCUCACCAUCUCUAAUUCCCAAUUCCAAGAACCUUCGGGAGGUCCCUGCUCAAAAAGCCAUCAAAACUCCAGUGGUCAAGAAGCCAGAGCCACCUGUUAAACAGUCCAUGGCAACCUCAGGCCGGAAGCGGAGUCUUGCAGUCUCAGAUGAAGAAGAGGCUGAAGAAGAAGCUGAAAAGAGGAAAGAGAGAUGCAAGCGGGGCAAACUUGCUGUGAAGGAGGAAAAGAAGGAAGCAAAUGAGCUCUCAGACAGUGCUGGGGAAGAUGACCCAGCUGAACUCAAGAAGGCUCAGAAAGAUAAAGGACUGCAUGUAGAGGUCCGUGUGAACCGGGAGUGGUACACAGGCCGUGUCACAGCUGUGGAGAUGGGCAAGAGUGUGGUUCGAUGGAAAGUGAAGUUUGACUAUGUACCCACAGACACAACACCAAGAGACCGCUGGGUGGAGAAAGGCAGUGAAGAUGUACGACUGAUGAAGCCACCUUCCCCAGAGCAUCAGAGCCCUGACACGCAGCAAGAAGGUGGAGAGGAGGAGGAGGCUAUGGUGGCCCAGCAGGCUGUGGCCUUGCCAGAGCCUUCCACCUCUGAUUGUCUUCCCAUUGAGCCUGACACCACUGCCACCAGUACCAGCCAUGAGACUAUUGACCUCCUGGUCCAGAUUCUUCGGAAUUGCUUGCGGUAUUUCUUGCCUCCAAGUUUCCCCAUCUCCAAGAAGGAGCUGAGUGUUAUGAGUUCAGAAGAACUAAUAUCUUUUCCUCUGAAAGAAUACUUCAAGCAGUAUGAGGUGGGGCUCCAGAAUCUGUGUCAUUCCUACCAAAGCCGUGCUGAUUCACGGGCAAAAGCCUCAGAGGAGAGCUUACGCACAUCGGAGAAAAAGCUUCGUGAGACAGAGGAGAAGUUACAGAAGUUGAGGACCAACAUUGUAGCUCUCCUGCAAAAAGUGCAGGAGGACAUAGACAUCAACACAGAUGAUGAGCUGGAUGCCUACAUUGAGGACCUCAUCACCAAAGGGGACUGAGGAGCUGGGAGUAAGAUCAACUCCUUCACACACUGCCCCUCAACACAGCAGCUUCUGGGGAGGGGAAUUUCAUUUGUGAGUUGGUGGACUUAAUCUUGGUUUGAGUCAUGUGAGACAUUUGUGCUUUGGGAAGGAGAUUCUUUGAAUCUUCUUCCCUAAGUUUACAUAAAUAUUUAUUUUUUAAAAGAGAAGAUGUUAAUGCCUGCUGUGAGACCGUACUUUUUUUGUGUGACUCUUGAAAGGGCACAGAGUCUGAGCCAUUCAGCUCCUGGCACCUCAAGAUAGGAUGAAGAAAGCACCAUCCUGAAGUUGGAGAGGCUCCAAGGGCAUCAACAAUGGGAUAUGAAAGAUACAUGACUCAGCUCUGCAAGACCCUCAAGGGGUGAUCAAAACAGGCCCAGUAUCAGAAAGACUCUCCCUGUAACAGAUCUCCUGGUAUCCACUCAGGGCUGUGAAGGUCUGUAGGUUACCUGAGCAGCUGUCAGUCAUCUUGGAUGUGGCAGUAUCCAGACAACUUGGAGAUGUUUCUUAAUGCACAAAUUUCCCAAUGCACCACCUACUUUGUUACUGGAGGAGCCAUUUCCUGAGUCAACCACACUAUCCAAGCUCAAGCAUAGACAGCUCUGACGGGUCGGAUCUCUGGGCUGGAUAGCACUCUGAAUGUUGAACUCCAAAGAUUCUCAGGGUGUGCAGGUGUGAAAGAGCUCUCUGGAGGAGAUGGCUUCCUCAGUGGUGCUAGUUCCUGGAGAGCCUUUGCUGCUGCUUUUCUACUAUGUACUCUCUGGGCUCCAGAGAGCCCUGCACCUCCCAUGCUCUGGAAGUGAGGAGGAGGGACCAUGUGCUUCAGACAACUACUCAGAGCCACAAAGGCAAGAGCUUCAUCUGAUGGCUGUUGGAAGAAUUCUGGUUCCAGUCUCAACUCUUCACACUCCUGUUCAAGACUGAUUUUGUACUCUUGAUCCAAACCACCUUGGGAUUUAUAUCCAUCAAGGCAAGGCUGCCACCUUGUGUCCUGUGAUCUCUGCAGAAGAUGGGGAGGUGGUGGUGAGGGAACUGUGCACAUAUGGCUGGGAGUGCCUACUUGAGUUCUGCCAUCAGGUUGUUUAGGGGGAAUAGCAUUCAGAAGUUCUUCUCUUGAACAUUCUCCAAUAGAUGGGUUUUCUGAGUUGGUGCACUUACCCCUACCACCCCCCCAAUCCAACUUUCUGUCAACCCUAUCCAGGCAGGGUAUGGUCCAUUUUUGUCCGUAAACCCACUGUUUAAAGGAAAUUGGCCCUGCAUUUUUGUUGGCAGGUAAUACUCAUUUUGAUUUUUUUUUUUUUUUACUUACACAUGUAAUCAAAAUGUGUUACUAUAAAUUUCUACUGGUGAGACUCCUGCGUUCAGUACAUUCUUAUGUGAAACACAAGACCUUUCUCUUCAUUCUGUUAUAUCCCCACUGUUUGUUUUUAGCCUCACUUCCUUAAUACCCACAGACACAGAAAAUCUGCAUUUCCUAGAUGUUUUAGCUUUAACUUUUCUGGAUGUGCUAAACCUGGCCUUAACUUUUUUGAGUGUUGGGUCUUUCCUGGGAACAUCAUGGAAGAGCUGACUGGUACUUCUUGAUGAUAAGGCAUUCACUGGCUCUAAAGGAGAAGGGUGGGGUUUAAGAUGCUAAGUACCGGUGGACAUGGUAAGAAUUCAAAUACUACAAAAGGCUGAACAUGAAAAAUAAGGCUCUCUUCUACCUGAUUGCUAAGUUCUCCCUGGAGAUCAGAGUAUUCAUCUCGGGCAUCCAGCUACACAUCUCCCCUCUUGGGUUUCCUUCCAAUUGCCAAGAGCAUCGUAUUGUCUAAGAAUGGCCAGUAUGGGUCUACUUUGUUCUGAACCAUCACAGGGCAUUUCAUUAUCUUGGAUGUGUUGUCAUGAAACUAUAUAAAUACUUAACAAUUCUAACAUCUGUGAA